AUGAAGACAAACUCAUCCCCUCCGAGUGCAGCUUUUCAGGCUGAAAUUGUAAACGGUGUAGAAGAUAUCACAUCCGUACAGGCGAAAGAAGCUAUCCGCUCCGAAGUUCUCAAAAUGUUGUCGAGAAACCUCAGUUCGCAUAUUAAUGACCUAGUUGACUCCCUGAAAUCAGCUGUAGCCUUGUGCAAUAAGUUGACAAGUGACGUUGAAGAAAUGCAAGAAUCUGUUGCAGCAUGCGCAGCAUCAGUCAAAGAAACCAAGGAUAAAGUCCCAGAUCAGAUUAUACCACUGGCAACAACCUCAGCAUCAAAGGCACUCUUAGAGUCGUCAAAGGAGCAGAAGCUCCCACCGCAUCUAGUCAAUAGGCUGCUAUCACGAAAGUCCCUUACAAAAAGUGGCGAUGUCAACUCAAAUAAAGUGCGCGCAUCAUAUGCGAAGGCUCCUCAGGAUUUCUUCUUGAUUCAAGCUCCUCCUCUUCCGAAGUACACUCCUCCGGACAUCACUUUGAACCUCGGAGGGAGCAUUGUCAUCGUUCCAAUGCAACCACCACUUAUACUAUCCGCCUCACCUGCAGUAGGAGGUAUCUCUAUUGAGGGCCGGUUAGACCAAUCCUCCCUCACAGUGCAGUUCCAACCAGCCAAUGUUUAUUACCUCUACUCCUAUACUCCCACCGAAGGUGACGCCAUUAAAGUCCAGCUAGGAAUAGCUUGGACCAAGAUGCUGCAUCUUAUCGUUGAUCGCUGUGUCAAAUUUUCGAAGUCUCUGAGUCUCCUUUUUUACCUAGUUGGUAUCAUUGGUCUCUUGACUCUCUCUCAACCAGAAUUUAAUUAUGAAACCUAUGUCAGUGAAAAUGCGUUGUUAAUCGGUAAUGCGAAGUUGCGUUUUUAUUUUACAGGUCUUGUCGAUGAAACCUAUAACCCAGAACAGAACAUUUCUAACACAAUGAAAGAGUUUAUUGACGCUGCUUCAGAUAAAACCAAAACAGCCUCCAUUAUUCGCCGUGAAAUGGAGAAGUUUGGCCUUGAAGUUUAUGAGCAGAAGUUUAUCUUCUCACAUAAAUUACUUCGAAGUGUUGGGAAUGUUUCUAGCUCAAAUCUUUACGCUAUUAUGCGUUCGCGCGGUGGCAGCCGUACAGAAGCUCUAGUUGUCAUAGCGCCACUUCGAGCCACUGGUGAAUCUGAGGAGAUCAUUCCGGGAACGUACACCUACCUCAUUUCUCUCGCAAAACGGCUUAGCACUCAACUCUACUGGGCGAAGGAUAUAAUAUUCCUUUUCCCCGAUAUGGGAUACAUCGGACUGGUGGCUUGGUUGGAUGCUUAUCAUGGUGUUAACACGUCUCCCAUUGUUCAUGGGGCUAAACUUAGAGGCCGUUCGGGUAGCCUUCAAGCCGGACUUGCUCUGGAAUUCCCUUCACUAAGCAUGGCCCGUUUGGAUGUUUCUUUCCAAGGCAUAAAUGGUGAAUUGCCGAAUCUGGAUCUCAUCAACACUGUUGCUCGUUUGGCAAAAAAGCAUAGCAUUCCUCUCUCUCUGCAUGGUCAACUCCAGGGCUUCAUUUACUCCAAUCCAUUACCAACACUGAAGCAAUUGAUCAGUUCCAUCUGGAUACAGAGCUCGGGCUCUCCCUCGGGAUUGCACGGUCCCCUAAUAAAUUUUCAGGUGCCCUGUCUCACUCUUCGUGGCAUUUCAAGUCCCUCCUCGGCGCAGCAGCUAAACACAAAUUAUAUUCGUCAGAUUGGCAGUUUGGUUGAGGGAUUUCUACGCUGUUUGAACAACCUCCAGGAACGAAUGCAUCAGUCGUUUUACUAUUACCUGCUGCCGGACCUCUGGCAUUACAUAUCCAUCGGAGUUUACUCACCCUUCUUCUUUGUAGCUCUUGGAGGACUGCUUUUGCAGGUGAUCCGAAUAUUCGUCAAGUUUACUUCUAAGGAAAAGCAGUCCUCCAAGAUCCUCACGGCAAAACAUGUGUUUGAGAAAUUUGAUUUCACUUCUUCUACCGUCGAUACCACCGACCCUGAUAUAGAGAUUCGACAGCGCCAUGCCACCACCGCGAAGACAAAGGCCAGCAAAAAUGGCACAAAAACAGAUCAUGAAGUGAAGGAGGACAAGAAGGGGGGAGAGCGUAACGACUUUAACAUUGCUAUCCUCCUACCCGCUGCAUCCUCACUGGGGCUGUGCAUGGCUGGCGGUGUGGCAAUCCACGUCUUUCCUGACGUCCUCUACGCCUACCUCCUCGAUUUCUCCGCAGACGACCCCGACGGGGUGUGGCAACUCACCGAGGUCUCCUUCGCAGCCGUGUUUCUUUCCGCAGUUGUUGGUUUCGCUCUCCUCCUUCCGUUGAUUGCUGUGGUUAGCAGGAGUCGAUGGUUGGGUUACGGGCAGGACUGGCGUUUGACCUGCGCCCUCUCCGGCCUCCUCUGGGCCUGUUUUCUCGGUUGUCUCUCACCAUUGAACAUCUCCGCCGCUUUCCUUCUCCUUGUCGCCGUCGAACCUGUUUUCCUCUUCAUUAUUUGCCGCUCUCAGCCAGCACCACUGCAUCGCAUCCUCGGGGUAAUUCUUCUUUUUAUGGUUUCUCCACCGGCUUUGGUAAUAGCAGCCACGUUGGCGCACCCUCUCGUGCUGCAGUAUCCGCCUCCUGGUGCGCUUGGCGCCAUCACUACUUUCUCUGACCUGCAGCAGCAGUGUGGUAAAGUGCUCUUCCAGGCGCACAUGGAGGCUACAGUGCUAGGUUCAUGGAGCUGGAGUCUCCUCACCCUGGGUGUCACUCCACUCUGGCUUUUCGUGUGGACUGGCCUUCUACUCUCCAGGAUGUAA